CUCUGUUCUUCUGUUCCCAAAAACUCCGAUCUUUUUCUUUUCUUUUCCUUCACCGCUUCCCACUGACCAAACCCUAAUAAAUUGUCCGAACCAGAUAGCGUAGCAUCGGAAUUUUUUGCCCGGAAAAUUCUUGGUCUAGAAAUCGAUGGAGAUUCACUACAGUAGCAGUUACUUCGAAAGGCGCCCCAUAAUCAGGUCCAAUGCGCCAGCUGCUAAGUGGGUUAAAGAAUGUUGGACAUGUAUUACGCUAACGAUCGGCGCAAUGUUCCUGCCAGGGUUCCCCAAGAUGUUGUAGCCACUGGGGGGAAAUGCAUGCUCUUAAGAUGGGUUAGAGAGGAUGCCUUGAAGGCAUUGCAGGAAAAGGAAAAAGAACCGGCUGUACCUGAACCGGAACCAGAGCCAACUACUGAAGUGCUUUUUCUUUGCAGCUAUGAAGGAUGUGGAAAGACGUUCAUUGAUGCCGGUGCAUUGAGGAAACAUUCUCACAUUCAUGGAGAGAGACAAUUUGUUUGUCACUAUGAGGGGUGUGGAAAGAAAUUUCUUGAUAGCUCAAAGUUGAAAAGACAUUUUCUCAUUCACACAGGGGAGAGGGAUUUUGUGUGUCCCCAUGAAGGCUGUGGCAAGGCCUUCUCUCUGGAUUUCAACUUAAGGUCUCACAUGAAAACACAUUCACAAGAGAACUAUCAUAUCUGUCCGUACUCAGAUUGCGGAAAGAGAUAUGCUCACGAAUACAAGCUAAAGAAUCACAUUGCCUCUCACCAUGAAAAGAAUGCAGCACUGGAGGUGCCGAAGUAUACUCCGCCUUCAGAGAGACAACCAAAAACUACUAAACAUUCUGGCACAGCAUAUGGUUCUGCAUCGUCAGAUCGCCCCUAUGCAUGCCCUUAUGAAGGAUGUGAAAAAGCCUACAUUCAUGAAUACAAGCUUAAACUCCAUUUGAAGAGGGAACAUCCUGGGCAUAUGUCUGAUGAAAAUGCAGAGCAUGCUCAAGCUAAUCUUGAUAAUGAAAUGGAUGAAGCAAGCGAUCAAGAUGCCUAUGGUGGCAAGCGGUCAAAUGGUAAAAUUCAGAAGCAAAGUAAGCUAAAACCAAACCUUAAGUUGCCUCCUUCCAAAAUCGCCAAACGCAAAGCACCGCCACCUACUCCUGCCACCAUAGCCGUAACAAAGAAACAUUGGUCUGUGAAUGUGAGAGAGGAGGCUUACAACGAAGAAGACAGCGAAGAAACAGAAGAGGAGGAUCGCGACAAUGUUGAAGAUGGUUGGAGAUAUGCUGGCAACAAUGACGACGAUGAUGAAGAAACAGAAUAUGAAGACUGAGAUACUUGUGGCAUCCUCUGCCACUAUUUGAAUAUUUGUCUUUGUAUUGUUCUUCUACAAAAUUUUUCCCUCAUUUCAUUUAGUUCACCAAAGGACAGUUUCAUGUUAUACAAGACUGUAUUUGCUGUUGGAAAAUUAUAAUUGUUAGGAAGAAGAAUUAUAUUAGUUAAUAA